CUCGACAAGAAGAACAAUUGGUUGAGGCGCCAAGCAAUUGUAAUCAUCCUUCAACAACUGCGAGAAGUCGUAAAGGGACAGACUGAUGAGACCCAUCUGAUGCAAUAUCUUGACAUUUUUCGGCGAGCCCUCUGGCCAGAUGGGAAACUCAAGCCCCCCGAGCUUGCUGCAAAUAUGAUUGGUCGCUCAAAUGCGAGACGAGGGGCAAGACGCAUGUUUGCUGUGCUUCAAAACCGAAGGCUCAACCAGCACCUAGUCUAUACGGUAUUCGAUGAGAUAAUGGCAGCCCUAUUCCCAGAAGCCGUUUUUAGCCCUCCCUAG